CAACACUCGUAUCGCAACUAUUGCUACCUACCUCCUCCCUCUUAUAUUACUAGGCCAUCAAACAUUCAAACCUAACCCCAAACUCAAACCAUGUCUUCUUCCCAUUGUCCGUCACCGUUACCCUCCGUCACCAAACUUCAAGUAGACUGCGUUACUUUUCCACCCUCGGUCAUCUCACCGGCUUCCUCCACUCCCCUCUUCCUCGGUGGCGCAGGCGUGCGAGGUUUGGACAUACACGGAAAAUUCGUGAUCUUCACCGUCAUCGGAGUUUAUCUAGCUCCUGUCGCCGUCCCGUCACUUUCCGUUAAGUGGAAAGGCAAAACGACAGAGGAGUUAACGGAAUCCGUCCCCUUCUUCCGUGAAAUUGUCACAGGUUCGUUUGAAAAGUUUAUUAAGGUGACGAUGAAACUGCCGUUAACGGGACAUCAAUAUUCGGAGAAAGUAACGGAGAACUGUGUGGCGAUUUGGAAAUCGCUAGGUAUCUACACAGACGCUGAAGCUAAAGCUGUGGAGAGGUUCUUGGAAGUCUUCAAGGACCAAACGUUCCCUCCUGGUGCUUCGAUCCUCUUUGCUCUCUCCCCUAACGGGUCUCUCACGAUUGCCUUUUCCAAAGACGAUCAUAUUCCUAAAACCGGAAAAGCCGUGAUCGAGAAUAAAUUGCUGGCAGAGGCAGUUCUUGAAUCGAUCAUAGGAAAGAAGGGUGUGUCUCCUGGGACUAGAUUGAGUCUUGCCGAGAGAUUAUCUCAGCUGAUGAAGGAGAACAAGGUCGAAGAAGAUGCAACAAAGACUGAUAAUCAAGAUGAAGCUAACGAUCUCUCCCUUGGAGAUAAGUUGGCCAAAGAGAACUAAUCGUGUGGGAGGUUUUUCUUGGUCGUCUUUGAGGGCUUUAUGUUUCUAUAUCUAAUCAUGUUGUUUAUUUCACAUCUCACAUGUGUUUAUUUGCUUCUACUCGUAAGAAUAAUUAAAUAAUCUCAUAAAAUUGGAACACAUCGACCAAAACUGUAUUAUCAGUGAUGUUGAUUCUAUAAAUUAUGAACAAAACCGAUUAUCUGA